CACAAUAUUGAUUGUUUUAACCUAAAAAGCUUGACAGUAUUUUCCAACAAUAUAUAAUCAUGCAUUAGCAUUAAUUCCUAUGUUUUUGCGGCGACUAAACCACUUUGUCAAUUAUUAAUUAAGUUUACAUUACAAGAUUAUUACAUUAUAGUCAUUAACAUGAUUUGUAUCAAGACACAUACAUUCCAAACAUUCCGACAUCAAAGACACCAAAAGUUUCCAUGCCAUUAUCGAUUGUUAUCGUGCGCAGGGGCAUGCGUGUCCUAUAUUCACGAGCAUAUAACUUUAUCAGUUGUCUGCUUGGUGUUGGCAUUAAUAGUUGCUUUACCUUUACCCAUUCUGUGACCGCAAUGAUUUUAUUUUCCACUAAUUAUCGGGAUAUAGACAAUUUCUACAGGACGAAGACCUCCUCGUGCGAGUCACGAGGUUGUCCCGUCAUUCAUCACACUGUGACACUUUAACUCGUGAUGUUAAAUAGAUCAUCAGGAAUAGCGCGCUGUUGCUCGUUGCAAGCCACCUUCGGGCCGCCGGAACAAAGGCGGACAAGGCGACUGCACGGCCUACAGUUGCCGUUGCAUCCUCAACAAGUGGCUGGCUGGAUUGUCCUGGUUGGCUUAGCUACCAGUACAUUUCUUCUUGUUGUGCCAUACCUUGGUUCACCUCUUCGCCAACCUGUCACAUGUGUUCUUAUUGGUAUUCUCAUUACUCACAUUAUUGCUCAUCUUACUGCUCUCCUCCUCGAUCCGGCUGAUCCUCAGGUGCGAGAGCAACCAAGCAAUAUAGUGAUACCAGAGUUUGAUCGAACAAAGCACCUCCACGUUAUUGAAAAUGGUCGUUGCCACCUUUGUAAUAUAACAAUAAGUGGGAAAAAAACAAAACAUUGUUCAGUUUGCAACAAGUGUGUUAGAAACUUUGAUCAUCACUGUAUGUGGCUUAACAAUUGCAUUGGAGGAAGAAACUAUUUUGCUUUUUUAAUUUGUGUAAUUUCUGCUAUUAUUGGGGCUUUAAGUGUUGUUGUAUUAACAAUAGCUGAAGUUACAACAGCUCUAGAAAGUCGACACUGGAACGUUACCAUGGACAACACCACACUACCUCUCUUGCCAUUGCAAGGAGGUACAAGUUCUUUGGUGAUCAUUUCUGUGAUUGGAAUUUUAUCAGCUAUUGCUGCUAUUUUAUUAAUACAUCUUUGCUUUUUUCAUGGCUAUAUUGCAUGUCUUGGACUUACUACCUAUGAAUAUGUGAGGAACAAACGAGAGAAAAAUGCUGUAAAUAAUGCUCUUCAACAGCAUACUGUCAAUGAAUCUUCUUUCUGUGUGGAGCCUAAUCGGUAUCAUUUUUGUAAAUCUGUUGUUCCGACAGAAAAUAACCCUCCAGAUUCUAAUCAAGUAUUCAUAUGCUCAACUCAUACUCAGUUAAAUACAGUUAAUAAUUCAAUUGCAAGAGAUAAAAAAAAUUUUCAUUUAUAUUUCACUUAUGAAACUCAUAAUGAUGCAACGUCCAUUGAGUUAUCAUCUCGAUCUCUCUCAAAUGAACAGCGACAAACUAUUGGACAACCAGUCCAAGAUUUAAAACCAUCAACACCAUCACCAGUGUCUUGUUGUUUCACUAUUAUGAAUCAUCACUCUUGGUCAGAAAAAAGCAAGCAAAAAAAAUCUCGAGCUCAUCAUUCAGACUCUGAUGAGAAGCUUAUGACUAGAUGCACCACGGUAAGACGUAUUCAAACUUUUUUACGAACGAGACUGAGAAAAAAUUCAAGACUACGAGAUAUUGAGACGACUAAAACUCGAAAAAAUCGUAUAACCCCAUUAACAAGUCCUGGAAUAGCUGAUAAUAGUUUAGAAAUUCAAGAGAUAGCAAUGACUCCGAAAGAAGACAUUGAACCAAUACAAUUAAGUCUUCAAAGACCUCCAGUAAGACUCCCGCCUCUCAAUCUUCCGUCCAGACAGCGAUCAGAAUCAUUGAAAGCUUGUGAAAAAUCACCAGAGAUUGUUUUUACAUUGCCUGUUAAUAAAAGAAGUCAACAACUAAGAGUACGCCGUCCUUCAUUUCAUCGCAGAGCUAGAUUUAAGAUUGGCUCACAUAUGACGCAGCCUGCUCAAUUAUCACCAAUACCAGAAUCAGAAUUAUCUAAACCUGCAUCACCACGAUCAUCACCGCAUUUCAAACAUUUCUCUUUUCCACCUACAACUGUGGAAUAGUUAAGAGACUUGACACACAAGAGUGAUAAU